AGACGUCUCCGUCGGUCGUUGUGACGUUUGAGUUUUGAAUAUUUUUUUCCCUUCCUACCAGCCAACGGCGAAGAUUUGCUAGCGGGCGAGAUAACGAAUCGGCGAUUGCUCUGUGACUUGCUCUGUGAUUGCUCUUGUUCUUGCUGCUCAAAUGGUUGAAACUCCGGAUUGUAUUUUGCGAAUUGGCUACAUUCGUUGCACCUGUACAUCGGUAUGGUAAUUUACCUCAACUCUCUAGACAUGGGAUCUUGGCCCUCGAAGAACACAACCUCAUGUUUUGCGACGAAGAAUGAUAAACCCAACAGAAAAUCCCUUAAAAGCUCUCAAGAAAGCUCUUCGGAACGAGCCGAGUGCGAAAAGCUUACCGUGCCUUCUGGUUACGUACCUCAACGAAGAGAAUCCUUUAUAUACAAGUCUGACAGCGAGGGUGAAAUUUCCCCCAGAUGUAUGUCGCCAAGACAUGCAUCGUUGAGUGAUGGGACAAGGUUUGAAGAACUUGUCACUCCCUUCGCUCAGAUUAUAUCCAGUCUUAGAAUAAUUCGAAACAACUUUAUGACAGUAUCUCAAGCGAAAAAGAUUGAAAGCAGCUUCAAGCAAACUCUAGGACGGAGAAGUUCAUACGAAGUUAACGGUGUCUCUUCUGGACACUCAAGUCAUCAGGGAGAAUGUCAAAAUCGGUUAGUCAAGGAUACUCUUGACGAGCUUGACUGGGUUCUCAAUCAAUUAGAGACCCUUGAGACACAUUGUAGCGUGAGUGAGCUGGCAUCCAAUAAGUUCAAGCGAUUGUUGAAUCGAGAAUUGAAAGACUUCUCCGAAGCAACACAAUCUAAAGAGCUAUCAAUGUGGGUUUAUAACACUUUCGUUGACAAACACACCAGUAUAGACUCCUCUUCGGGUAUACGAGCUCGUUCAAAGUCUCUCGUCGCCAGUAUUGGCAAGUUAAAACGAAUCAGCAGUUUCUCUGGAACCAUACCAAGGUUUGGAGUGGAGGUUAAAGAUGAGACAGAACUUGCUAAGCAUCUCGACUGUGUACAUAAAUGGGAUUUUGAUGUAUUUAAACUUCAUGAUAUAACAAAUGGACGUCCUUUGGCUGCUGUUACAUAUACAAUAUUGCAGGCGAGAGACUUGAUGCGAAUAUUUAAGAUUAAACCGUCGACAUUCAUCAAUUAUAUUACUUUAAUAGAGGAUCAUUAUAUGAAACAUGUCCCCUUUCACAACAGCACUCACUCGGCAGAUGUCGUUCAGUCAGCUCAUGUUCUUCUUUCGGCCGAAGUUUUUGAGUCGGUGUUUAGCGAUCUGGAAAUUCUAGCUACUUUGUUUGCUGCAGCUGUUCACGAUGUUGAUCAUCCUGGUCUUAGUAACCAUUUUCUUGUUGCUACUAAUUCGCCAUUAGCUUUGUUGUACAACGAUGAAUCAGUUUUGGAGAACCAUCACCUACAUGUUGCGUUUGAGCUCUUGCAGCAGCAUGGAUGUGACAUUUUUGAGAAUAUGAGCAGAAAGGAGAGGCAGUCGCUUAGAAAGAAUGCAAUCGAGAUGGUUUUAGCUACGGAUAAUGCAAAACACAUGAGUUUACUUGCAUCCUUGAAAACGAUGGUGGAGACAAAGAAAUUGUCGGCAUCAAAAUUUAGUCUAGAUAACUAUGCUGACAGGAUACAGGUGCUGCGAUGUCUGGUCCAUUGUGCGGAUCUCAGCAACCCAACAAAGCAUCUACCACUUUAUAAAGAAUGGGUUGAUAGGCUAAUGGAAGAAUUCUUCCGGCAGGGAGAUCGAGAAAGGAAAAUUGAAGGAAUGGAUGUCAGUCCAAUGAUGGAUCGAUACAAUGCAUCAGUGGAGAAGUCACAGGUUGUGUUCAUCGAUUUUGUUGCCCAGCCCCUUUGGGAGACCUGGGCCGAAUUAACGUACCCUGAUGCACAGGGUAUCUUGGACACCUUAGAAGAAAAUCGUGAUUGGUACAACUCACAAAUAUGCGAUGGAAAACAGGAGCCUCAUAAGAGUUUAAGCAGCGACAGUGAUAAGCCUGCCGUGGACGAAAUACCUUUUAGAAAUCACGAGCGUAUACAGGAAAAGCGUGUAAGCUGGCAGGAGCAUCGUAACGUUGCUAUUGAUCUGAGCAACUCUAAAGAUGAGGCGAAGACAAGCACCCCUUAUAUGUCAGCUGUCGAGCAAGCUCGGUUGCAGAGCACGAAAAGCAGUAGUCGCAGUCGAGAGGCAGACGACGAGCUUGACAGUGACGACGCAGGAACGGAAGAUGACGAAGAACUCAAAGCAUUGAAUAAGCAAGGAGAUCAUCGUUUAUAAAUUGCUUCUAACUGUCUACUUCCACCGUUUGACAUAGAAUUUGUUGUGUAUGUGCGACCACAACCAACGAUUCCGGUGGACAAAUCCAUCCUUAAGAUCAUCCGUGCAAACCGAUCAAACAUUGAUAAUGAUUGAUUGGGAGUUAAGUCAAAGGAUUUAGUUAAAUCAAGUUGAAUUAAAAAUCGAUCUCUCCACAAUGGAUCAUCAAAAGAAUCAACUUUGACAAAAUAUAAAAUGUACAGAUGUAAAUUUGAUGCAAUGUGUACAUAUUGAGAAAAAAAUACUCGUGUUCAUGAAUGCAAUGCUGUUGAAUUAGAAAACAUUUUCCUAAAGAUAGAAAAAUGAACGAUAAAUAAAGAACAAGGAGGUGCAAACGGAAGUAGUUUUUUCGUCGAGCAUAAUUUAAUGGAGCAAUUUUUGUUAGAAGAAUAUAGCUUUCAACUUAUUUUUAUGUCAAUGCGAACAAAAUCUUAAAAGAAAUAUAGGUGAAAGUUUCAGCUUUAUUACUGUGAACUUUGUAACUAGAAGCGAAAUUUUUGUUACAAAAUUUAAUUAUGUUUCGAGUUGAAA